GCGGAGCGUGUGAACGUGAUUUUCGGAUUUUGACUGCUGCUUCUCCUCGAUUUCCUCGGUGGGAAAAGCCCACCCGAAAAAAAAAGGAAAAUACAAAUAGAAACAACAGAAGCGGGACCCCAGAGGUCGCGGCAACUGCAUACGAUUUGCAGCAGUGUGGAAAUAUGGAUUUUACCACUAAUUUUCAUAGCCCCGAGAAGAGAGUGUGUGUGCGAGUGUGAAGUCCGCGUAAGCUGUCGCGAAGUGAAACAUUGCCAAAUCCUUUGACAGAUUUCUAUUUGCCAGCUAUUUUGCAUUCGGCAAUCAGCAUUUGGCAUUUGGCCAUCGACGCGGCGAGUGUCGGAUCGAGUGAAAGUAAACAAUGGAUCGCACCCAAAUGGAUAGGCGAUCGCGGAUCACUAAACUAAUAACGAACCGUGUCAUCUGGAGUCUGCUGCUCAUCGUAGUGGUAGCUUUACCGACAGUCUUGGCAGGAUUCGGCUUCGACUCGGCCAACUCAUGUCCCAAUGGCAAGAUGUCUCGCCGGGGUCGCGCCCAAAUGCUGGCGGCGAUUCCCUGCGACCUGGGCAAGCAGGCUUUCUGUCACCUGCCCGGCACUGCCUAUCCGUGGCACGCCGUCCGGCGGUUCGUGCACGAAAAUCAGGGCUUGAUGAAGCGCAUGUACGGCGACGUGCGCCACAUCUCCAUACUGCGAGACGAGAUCCAGAACAACGAGGUGGACGCGGACGACAUUGAGGAGACGGCGGAGCGGUACAGCAAGGAUGCCGGUCGACGGAGUGCCAAGUACUUGAUGCGCGGCAGGGAUCGGGAUCGCGAUCGAGAUGAUUUCGGGAGUUUCAAGAACAACGAUGUGUUGAUGGAACCUCAUUUUCGACCGGUUUCCACCAGCACGACAAGCACCACGAAGGCUGCGACGACAACUGCAGCGCCCACAACUAGUAGUAGCACCACGGAAAAAAGCACCAACGAGGUGGCUUCCUCCACGCCUGGAAAUGUGACCAUUUCUGAAGCCACCACUACUUCUACUGUGCCUCCACCUUCUCCCAAGGAACCUGAACUAGAGGCAGACGUUGUGGAGAUCCUGCCCAGUCCAGAGUCGAAUAGCGUCUAUGAAGUAGUGCCAUCUGCAGUUCCGUCAACCACCACUGGAAAACCUUCAACUCCGGCUGGUGAAAAUAUUCAGAUCAUCGAUUCACCGCAGCUGGGAUUGCGUAACCUCAGCGGAGAGGCUCAGUCCUCCCAGGAGCCACUGGUUGCCACCACUUUAAAGCCCACAUCGCUACCCAAGAGCUCUGUCGCCUCUCCAGCUAAAAAGAGGAAGCCUGCAGAGACCACUACAGCUGCACCUACGACUUCCCCUAGCUCAACGACAGCUCCAAGCACAACUACACCCAUGCUGCUGAUCCGUCGCAACCUGACCAAGUCUUCGACAGCCUCCUCAGCAUCCGUGACGACACCCGUUAGCUUCGCCUCGCUUUUCUCCGGCACUUCUGGCGGAGCCUUCAGUCCGGAGAGGCUGCGCAGGCCGCUGACCACCAGCAGCACCACUGUGCCAGCUCCGGCUGCGCCACUGGGUGGGCUCCAGACGGGAACCAAGUCGGGCCUGCUGAGGGAGGGGCAACUGUUCCAGGAUGCCAUGAAGCAGGAGCCCGUCGCUGUGGCAAGCAACCUGCGGGGCGUUAACGCCUGUCCCGUAAAGGAUGAGGUGGUGGCCCCCUUUUGGGCCAACAACACCCGCGGCGAGGUGCUGGCCCUGCUUAACCUGUAUCCGUUCGAGCAGUAUGUGCACUGGGAGAAAUGCACCCACGAGUUCAAGCAGAUGUUCUGCCGCGAUGGCUGCAGGUGCGAACAGCAGUAUCGCCUGCACCGGCUGCUGGCCUACGAUCCGCACAACGAGUGCCGCGGCAUCUUCUCCGACUGGUUCCGGUUCCCGUCCAGCUGCAUCUGCAAGUGCUACAACAUCCCGAUGGAGUUCCGGGCCACGUCCCGCAGUCCGCGGUCCGAUAGCAGCUUUGACGGUCCAGCUCCGAAGUCUGAUCCCAUCGAAGCGGCCGAGGCGGAGGUCCAGAGAGCGAUCUACGAGCACGCCACUGAUGAGUGGUACCGUCCACGCGAUGACUUUGACUUCUUAGAGGGUUAAUCCUGGAAGGGAUUCCUUCGUGAAGAUCAAUUGUACAGUAGAUUAAGAUUUUAUAGAGUUAACUUAUUCCUGAAAACCACUUUUAUAUAUUAUGUAGGAUGCCUAAGAAAUAGUUGUGGAUUUAAGAUCACUUUUAAUGCGGUCUAAAAGUAUGCUGCAGAAUAUUUUACAGAAUACUUUUAGCCAUAUUCUAAUUAAUUUCAAAUCCAUACCGAUUUCUAAGGUAACCCUGUAUAUAAAUGAUUCCUGUAUAAACCUUUACUUUUAAAAAUAUGAUAAGUUCAAACAGAUAUAACAAUAAGCUUACCACCUAAGUGGGGCAUUAUGUUAAUGUAAAUAUAGGCCAACAUAAUGCCCAAUGUAGCACAAAACUUGAAGAGCGAAUGUACCUUGAAAUACUUGCGAACGCACCACGGCCCCUGAGCUGUGUCCGAUGGUAUUUACUAGAGUUAAGCAUCUAUUUAUUCACAUUUUAGCUGUAAGCAUAACCAUAAUUGUGGCCAUAACGUCAACUUUACCCAAAAUCCAUCCCCAGAACAAAGAGCUAAGGCUUUUUGGAAAAAUAUUUAUUGUACGCAAUCAAAUAUAUAUUUAUAUAUAUGUAUGUAGUCUGUAUAUUUAGAAUGCUUACGUUUUGUAUAAAAUAGACUUUAUUUGUAUUUAAUACGUUGAUAUAUUGUUUACUCUCUUUAAGGCAUAGAAGGGUACUUUGAUAAAUUAGAUUUAUAAAUUGUAUUUACGUGUAGAAAAAGGUUGCGUUUUUGUAUUUGUUUUGCAAUUUGAAGAAGGCAUUUUCACGCAUUUUAUAUCAGUUUAACCGUUUACCACCUAAGGCUAGUGAUAGCUCCAUUUUGUCAAUCACUUAAUUAAAUAAAAGAUUUUAAUGUUGCUCAA